AUGGGAUAUGACUCAUUAUCCACCGUUUUGUUUCCCAGUAGCAUAGCUCCACCACACCACCGACUUGGUCCAUGGAUAAUCAAUACUACUUUUUAUUUGGCAAACACGUCGUCUUCUUCUUUUCCUACCGCUGCCACCAUUGCCACCAGAUGCUUCUCUUGCAGUUUAUUCCCUCCCUUAUCUCCUAUCUCUCUCUAUCGGGUUUACUUGCUCCACCGUGGUCACUGCCACCCCAUAAACCCUAAAAUGUUUCUUUUUUACCACCGUCUCUCCAUUGCCUCCUCCAAUGGACACCCUCCUGAGUUCCACAAGGGAACAUCGGCAAUAAGGAUGAUGACCCUCCCUAUUGGUGUUUGGAUUUUGGUCCUAUUUCUAUCUCGUGAUCGCCCCACCAUUUCAGUUGCUGAUUUGUAUGUUUCUUCGCUAAACCAAACCUCCACUUCGUUGACUAACACCACCACAAUCUCUAUCGACCUCAAAUUCCAGAAUGAGAAUUUAGGUGUAGGGAUUUACUACGAAGAUCCUCUAAAUCUCACCAUCACUUAUAUCCCACAAAACAUAACCAAUUUCAUCACUAUUCAAGGGUUUUAUCAAGGCAACGGAAAGAUUAAUCAUAUCCAAGCCUCCACAGUUGUUCAAGACAUAUUCUCAAACGUUGAACAACAUAGGAAACUGGGAGAGAAGCAAGUUUCAUUGUUUGGUGCAGGGAAAGUCAUUGAUUUCAUGGUAGAUUUGGAGGCGAAAAUAAAGUUUAAGUCGAUUGAGAACAAAAAGUCAAAUCUUAUGGUCAGAUCUGCUGUGGAGGUCAACGGUAACACUGGGACGUCUGUUCUAAAGACCAUUGAAAUGAAGUAUGCUUCUGGAUCGAAUAACUGGGGAGCUGUGCAAUGGCUACUAUUCUUUCCUUUGUUUAUUUCAUUUGUGGUUACUACUUUCAUCUCUGCUUUGAUCCCUUUACUAUUAGUGCUUGUUUUUGUAUUUUAA